GAUUAGGUUACGAGGUUACUCUUGGUCCUCUUUGGUCCUCUUGGUCGUCCUGGCACUGGCACUGACCUGCUGACACUGGAGUGAAUUUUCUCUGACUCUAGUUUUUUUUUUUAGUUCAUUGAGUAAAAGUAGUGUUUAUGUAUUUUUUAUAUUGGUUUAAUUAAAAUGGAGAGAAAAUCCAGAUGUGAUAUUCUACGUGAACUUAUAACUGAAGAUCAAGUCGAGAUUAUUCGAAAACUACAACGUCUAACGGGGAAGGUUUCAUCAAUAAUUGAAAAUAGUAGUCAAAAUCAAGUAGAUAUAUUUAGAUGUCAGAGUAGCCUCUUAGAUGUGCUUAAACAAACUUCAUCUAUCAAUUCAUCCUUAGAGGUCAUCAUUGAAGAGCUAGAAAGUACUUAUGGCAAUAAUGAAUCUACUGAUGCUUGUGAUAGUGAAAUAGCAGUAGAACCUUUAAAUGAUCAUUUAAUGCUUUUGCCAAAUACAAAUAAUAAUCAACUUUUAUUAACUGCAGUUCCAGAUUCUUUAUAUACAAUCAGUUCACCUGAAAGUAGUGAACAAACAGAAACAGGAAGAUCUGGUAUAGUUAAUGAGGCAGUGAAUACAGAAACAAUACAAGACAAAAUAAGUGAUACACAAGACUACGAUGAAGGACUGGAAUCACUUCACUCAGAAUACCCUAACAGUGAAACUCAUCUUACAUAUAAUUCAAUAAGUUUUCAGACACCCGAAAAGGACACCUCUACCUCAAACAAUGACAUAAAAAAGCAACAUUUCAAUAAUUUCAUUGAUGAUAAUACCCAUGAUGUAGAAGUUUCUUCCUCCUCCUCAUCAUCCUCUUCCUAUCAAUCAUUGAAGCCUUUUCAAUCGUCAGGUUAUAAAUCUACAGACAAAUUUAAUAACCAAUUUGACCAUGGUACUAAUCCCUUCUUACCAGAUGUUAAGUUAGAACCUGUGGGGACAACUAUAAAAAAUGAUAAUGGAGGUAAUACUCUUUCUUUAGCAGAUGUUAAGUUAAAACCAAUUGUAACAUCUGUAAAAAAUAAUAAUGGUGCUAAUAAUCCUUCUUUACCUGAUAUUAAGUUAAAACCAGUACAAACACUUGUAAAAAAUGAAGUAACUCCAUUAGAUGUUGAGGAAAAAAGAUUCACACCAAAAAAGAAGAAAAAGAAUAAUAAAAGCAUUAAAUAUGAAAUUCCAUCCAAACGAGACCCUGUCAUCGAAGAGGAAUGCCUUGUAUGUCAUAUUGUAUCCCCUAAUGAAUUUUAUAUUCAUUUAAAUGACGAGGAGACAUUAUUUGUCGAUGAAAUAUCAAACAUAAUCGGUAAAAAUAUAACAAAAAGUAAAAAAAUAAAAUAUAAUAAUAAAGAUGAAGCACUCAAUGACAUAGGGAAAUUUGGAUUUUUAUUUUUAGAGGCUAAUAUGCUUUGGUACAGAGUGGAAGUAUUGGAUGGACUGAAGGAUCAGAAACACGAUAAUAUUUUAGUGCAAUUAGUGGACUUCGGAAACACAAAACUAGUUUCAUAUAAACAUUUACAUAGAAUGACUAAAGAAUUGAAUGACAUUCGAGCCAUGCAUUAUCCCAAACUAGCUGUGCGAUGCCAGUUGCCAAGGCUCUACCCUCCACACUCGACACGUUUAAAUAAAUUAUCAAAAUGGCCAGAGGAUACCAUCGAGAUUAUGCAUCAAUUAUGCUUAUUCGACGAAGAAAUUUCACAGUUUAGUUACUUUAAACUAGUAUAUGUCGCUAAGGAAGGAGAUUCUUAUAUUGUUGACCUAUAUCGAGUUGAUUUGGAGAGUACCAACACACUCAGUCAAAUUCUGUUGGAUUAUAAUGCGGCUGUGCUUAUUAUCGAUGACUGCGAUACUAAUAACAUGGAGUUAGAAAGAUUCGUGGACGAUAUAGACGACGUAGAACAGUACAACAUAAACGAAGCAAUAACGGGAUAUGACCCUACUGACGAAGCGAGAAUAUGCAGAUUUACUCGACCCGAUGGAACUUGUUUCAAAAAACAUUGUAAACUUGAACAUAUUCAGCCUCGGAAAGAUGGAUUUACAACAGACCAAGAUGUAGUUUAUACUAGAGCUAUGUGCCCAUUAAUUCUUCCCAUCAUGAAUUCCAACGUUACGAUACUUAUUACGGGGAAUAUUUCAGUGUGCAGAUUCUAUGCCCAGAUUAUUAAUAACCCAUACAACACAGGAAAAUAUAUUAUGGAUAUGCAAUUCCAUAACUUAGAUCGGGAAAUGAACGCCGUAGACACGGUUAAAAAGUACGAAACUUUUAAAAUAGACCCUGCGCUUGGAGAAAUAGUUUUGGUUUGGUUGGACCACUGGAAGCGAUGGUCUAGGGCGAUAGUACGAGAAUUACUUUUUUCAGGCGACGAGAGAAACAGAUCCGUCCAGGUGUACAUGUUGGAUUACGGGGAAUAUCAAAUCAGGUUAACGAAAGAGCUCAGAAAAAUAUUGCCACAAUUUUUAAUAUUACCAUUCCAAGCGGUCGAAUGCUACAUUCAAGGCUACGAAUUGAAUCCUUCUUGUACACCAAAAGAAGCUAACAAGUUUUUCGACAUUAACAUGCACCUUCGCAAUUUUGCUGCAAUCACUAAGUCUGAAGAUCAGCCCUUAAAAGUAAUUUUGAGAAACCAGAACAACACCAUGGAUGUUGGUCAGACAUUAGAAGAGCAUGGUUAUGCUAGGAAAACAACAAAGGAUAUUAAUGUCUCUGAUAACAGCUAUAUACAAUUGUCGUGAAAUUAUUAAGAGGAAAAAAGACUACUAUUGCGUUUAUGAUAUUCUAUAAAAAAAAUCUAGGACGACAAAAUUGGCUAGUACUUGAUUACUUUCUAAUCUGUAUCACGUGCAUGGCUUAGAUAAAAAAAAACCUAAUUACUAGUUAACUGAACAGAUUAAAAUAAAGUAACACAUUUUCAACAGCUACACAACAAAUAAUUCAUUUAUAUGUCUUUUAUAAACCAAAUAACAUGCCGAACAGGUUCAGUAUUUUCCGCUGUACGCACAGGACUCCACUCAUUUUUAAUUUUUAUAUCCACGCCACACUACAAAACCACUGCCAAAACUGUCAAAACAAUCACUCAUUCAGGAUGAUCUUCACAAAAAUCAAUAACACUGCCAUUCUUUUCUUUUCUUAUAUAGCAUUUUUCAUAUAAAAAUGCUUGCACGUCAUACAAGAUUUACGACGUCAGAACCCCACAGCGUUGCCAAAACAUCAGAAUAGUUAGUGAGGAAUUGUUAAAAGGUCAACUAUAAUUAGUUUUUAAAGCUAUUAAUCUAAAUAUAAUAUGUAUUCAUAAAUACAAUUUAUUAAUAUAUAUUAUAAUCAAAUUGUGUAAGAAAUCAAAACAUAAACAAAAUUCUUACUAUUAUAGUUUAUUCGUCUUCCGGGUUUGGACCGUGUCAUUUGUGAGUGACCCAAAAGUGGGUUCAUCUCGACGUUUCGCUACAAUUGUAUGUAGCUUCUUCAGGAG